AUGGCCUUCGACGGUGAGGCACGACGGUUUUCUGCUCUUGUUGAUGCAGCGCCUCACUUCCUGCUCUCCCGUCCGCUCGGUCGUUGGGGCUCAGAAGAUCGUCAUCCACCA